GGCCUACCAGAGGCAGACGAGGCAGAGAUUAUGGAGAGGGUUGACUAACGUUGCGGCAUGAUGCGCCAGCCGGCGCAUGCGCUCGCAUACCUUGUUGACCCGCGACGACAUGAUGUGAGUCUCCUCGCUGACACUGAUUGCGCAUUGGUGCAAAGUGCACUGCACCAUUUGGCUACGUACGCGGAUGGUGGAGAGGGGUCCCAAGAGCAUACUACGAUGUGGUACGGCUUGUACUUGUUCCACCAUGAUGAUCCCCACGCAGACCCUAGGCCCAAAUGGUGGACAGACCCCGUUGCUAUCGCGCAGGCGAAGCACGGGGUGCACCCCGCAUGGUGGUGGUAUUUGCAUGGUGCCGACUUCCCGUGGCUGCAGGAAGUCGCCAUCAAGGUGCUCUCUAUGUGGUCCAUUGCCUCUCCAUCUGAGAGGAAUUGGGCCACACAUGACCUUAUUCACACGAAGAGGCGCAACGGACUCUCGAGUGAUAGUCUGCGAAAGCUCAUGUUCAUUCAUUGGAACAUGCAGUUUCUGCGAGCGAGGUUGACUUCCCGGAAGGGGUAUGUGGAUGUUUGGGAGGAUUUGGUGGAGGAGCCGUCGGAGCCAGUGGUUGGCGAUCCUUCAGAGGAGGUGUACGCCGAGGGCAUGACGAUCCCUGAGGAGGUGGAGGCAGACUUGCGCAGACGGUGCAAGGAGGGGGGUGAUCGUGUCAGUGCGCGCCUGUUGCAGGCGCGAGAUGAUGACGAUGUGGAGGCUGAGGAUGCCAUUUAUGAGGUAGAUGACAUGUGGGAGGGGAAUGACAUGAUUGAGGAGAUUACAGCCACGGGAAAGGGGAAGGAGAAGAUGCACGAUGACCCACUCGUGUCUCGUGUGUGGGAUAGGUGGGGGAGCCUUGAUGCUGUGGAGGACCUCGACGGGUUCCUGCAUGGCUCCAGACACACCCUUCAUAUCAUGAAGGACAUCGAGGAGUGUCGCAGGCCGAAAGGGGGGAGCGAACGGGUUGAUGAGGGUCAUCAUGUGGACACAGGCUUUCAUUCGACUGCCUUUGACGGCGAGGCGGGCUGCAGUGCCGCUACCACUGAUGUAGGGGCGACACACACGCCUCAGAUGUCAGUGACCCCCCUUAGCACUCUGUUGUUUGGUAUGCCUCUUGAUGAUGGGGCAGGCGGGCGGCCUUCAGAGGGACCUAUCCUAAGGAGUGUAGCAGAGGAGCAACAUCUCGAUGUUGGGGAGCUGAAGGCAUCUCGUGACAGUGAGGACCUGUGUCCCGAUGUGGAGGAGCAGGAGGCAGCUGCCAUGGAGGCAACUCCCGAUAUGGAGAAGCAGGAGGCAACUGCCAUGAGCCAUGGACAGCCGUGUCUCAGUCAGGAGGAGAUGGGGACAGGUCACACCGAGCAUGCCUCCCCUGCACCCUCCAUCUCGGAGGUGGCCCCUGUUAUCGGGGAGGGCGUGAGAGGAUGUGAGCCCGAUCAGCCGUGCAACAUGGAGACAGGUACAGACACGACUGCCCCACAUCCACAGUCUACAGCGGGGCGAGAUGUUAUGGACCAGCUGGGCAGUGAGGCAGAGACAGAGAGAGAGAUGCAGACUUCAGUACAGCCCCCUCCCACAGUUCAGCACGUGGCUCCCUCAUUGGUAGAGCCUCCUCGCACAUUUGAGAGCAUAGAGUCACAGAGAGCGUCGACGACGAUGAUUGGAGGGAGCCCUGCCGCUGCGAUGUCUUCCGCCACACUUCGACCCACGUCAUUCUAUACUGCUCCUCCGCUGCCCGUCUUAAAGCAUUCUGUUGUGGUGUGGGGACCCGGAUUGACUAUCCCCUUGCAUUCAUCUUCUCGAGAGGAGGCGACUAUAGUUGGACGAUUAUCAUCAUCCACGACCAGUGUAACUGCACGUUCACACGAUGGCAGUGGUGAUUCAUCGAUGCCUCGACUUCCUUGCGAUCAUUCACAGCCUUUGCGGAGGGGAUCGGUUGAUUUAUCUGCGCUUCCUCCACUGCCCGCCCGAGUGUUAUCUGUCAUUGUUGACAACACCGCGACGAGAGGGAAGAAGAGGAAGAUCGCUGAUACAUGUGCGGUAGAGCAUUCACGAGCACAGAGACCACCAGGGCGAGGUAGACCGCACGAGCGCCCCCCAGGGGGUCGAUCAGGCAGAGGUAGAGGGAGGUUGGGUGUCGCUGGAGCGACGGAGAGGCUGUUGGGUUCAUUGGGUGCCAUUGGUGGAGGUUCACCAUCACCCAUAUCCGCAGACGGAGUGAGGACUCGAUCCCGUGGUGUUGUGGGGAAGAGGACGCGUGUUCAUGUUGAGGAUGAUGAAGGCACCGAUGAGCAGGUCAGCGGUGACGGGUCUGAGAGCGAGUACGAGGCUCCACCGCAGCCCUCAUGUGAUGAUGACGACGAUGACAAUGGAGGGGAUGAUGAUGAUGAUGCGGUAGAGGACGAGACACUGGUUGAUGGGUGCUGAUGUAUUUUGUGUCUUUUUGUGUGUGUGUGUGUGUGUGUGUGUGUGUGAGAGAGAGAGAGAGAGAGAGAGAGAGAGAGAGAGAGAGAGAGAGAAAGAGAGAGAGAGAGAGAAAAGAUGUGGGGGGGUUUCGAGGGUUGGUGGGGUUCGGUAAGGGGUAUGUGGGAAUAUGGGGGGCUUAUGGGGGUUUGUAGGGGUUAGUGGGGAGUAUGUGGGGGGUGUGCGGGAGUGUGGGGGGUUAUGUCAGAAUGUGAGUGAGGUUUAAAAAUGAGACAGAGAGAUACACACGCAUGAAUUGUGCAUUCAUACCUCUUUUGUAGAUGAUAUAGUCACAGUGUGCAUCAUGUG